CUUCAUAGUCUCAACAAAUACACUACACUUACUCAACUUAUAGCCUUUCUACAAUUUCAAGAAACCAAACACAAGCUGAGUGAGAGAAAUGACUUCGAAAACAUGCCUCAUCUUCUUCUUCUCUUCUCUAAUCUUUACGAACUUCGCCUUAGCGCAAGACCGAGCUCCUCACGGAUUGGCUUAUGAGACCCCAGUGGCAUUUUCACCUUCUGCAUUUGACUUCUUUCAUGCAAAACCAGAAAACCCGGAUCCUACUUUAAACCCUUGCGUAGAAUCCGGCUGCUCGCCUCUCCCUGUGGCUGCAAAGGUCCAAGGAGCUUCGGCAAAAGCACAAGAAAGCGAUAUAGCAUCAAUGUCAACUGGUACUAGAAGCGGAAUAGAAGCUAGUCGUGUGGUUGGGAUCAUCUUUGGACUUGCGUUUGCGGUGCUGAUGUGAACCAUUAUAGAGCAUUGAGCUUGACUUUGAGUUGGAAUGUGUGCUUUUUCUUCACUUUUUCUUGAAGCAGAGUAUUAGAGUCUUUACCGCCAAGGCUGUGUUUGAAGGGUUAAGUUUGAGGCUUUAGCCUUAUAGUCCCAAACAAUAUAAAACUUUAGGAGAUCCAAUUUAGUUAAAGUCUAUAGUUUUAGAGUCUAUGUAGUAGAUUGAAUCUAUAGAAAGAAAGUUUGGUUAGAAAUCUCGAGAAUAAGAGUUUGGUUGACAGUUUCUUGAAAACAAAAGGUAUAUAUGUAUGUCUUUAGACUUUCUAGUUACCAUUUUCAAUAUUUUGUAUCCUUUGAAAUCAAGAUAAACUUUUAUUAUUAUAAGUUAUAACC